AUUGAACAGCCGAUAUGUAACAGUUUGCAGUCCCCUGCAGAGCGUUGGUAGUGCUGUAUGGACUCUAUAGCACCGCGUAGACACAAUGCAUUCCAGCUCUCCCUGGGGAGACCUUUCGUUGAUAAGUCUGGUGUCAUUUCUCCUUCUCCUUCCUGCACCGUCCUGCCAUGGAGGAAAAGUCCUGGUCUUUCCUGUUGAUGGAAGCCACUGGAUCAACAUGAAGGUACUGAUCGAGGAGCUCCAUGCCAGAGGCCACACCAUCACAGUGGUCAGACCCUCUACCAGCUGGUACAUCACRGAGGAGUCACCUCUAUACACCUCCAUCACCAUCAAGGAGYAAGAWUCCUUAUACAGCUUCUUCGAGWSCUUCCUACAGAAGCACUUUAAGGCUCAGAGAGAGGGGGUAUCAGCUCUGAAGUUCUUCCAACUAACCAAGGAGUUCCUCAGUAUGAUAGAAGAAGCCCACAUCCUGGCCUGCGACACGCUGUCUCGCAUGUUCGACGACAAGGAGCUGAUGAAGAGUCUUCAGGACGCUCAGUAUGACAUGAUGCUCACCGACCCUGCAAUGGGUGGUGGGAUGCUGAUGGCCCACUACCUCAAACUGCCUGUGGUGCUCAACGCCCGUUGGAUCACCAGUGGGGAGGGCCACUUUGCCAUCGCCCCCUCUCCCAUGUCCUACAUCCCGGUCCCAGGGUCUGGAUUCACUGACAAGAUGACCUUCGUCCAACGGGUCCAAAACAUGCUGUACUACAGCAUCAUCGUGUAUCAACAGAGGUUCCUGAUUGGGCCAAGUUAUGACGCAAUUUGCUCCAAGUACUUCGGAGGGGGCUGUGACAUCKUCUCCAUGAUCCAGGAAGCUGACAUCUGGCUGAUGAGGUCUGACUUUGUGUUUGACUUCCCCCGUCCCACCAUGCCCAACGUCGUCUACAUGGGGGGGUUCCAGUGCAAGCCGGCCCAGCCCCUGCCUCCAGAGCUGGAGGAGUUUGUCCAGAGUGCCGGGGAACAUGGGGUGYUCGUCAUGUCUCUGGGGACUCUUGUCAAUGCACUUCCUGUUGAUAUCACAGACCAGAUCGCCAGUGUGUUCGCCAAGCUGCCUCAGAAGGUAUCCUGAUUGUUU